AUGAUUUACUGUGAUCUAAGGCCAGAGAAUAUUCUUUUGGAUUUAACUGGUCAUAUUGCAUUAUGUGAUUUCGGCCUUUGCAAGAUUGACAUAAAGGACGAAGAUAGGACUAAAUUUUACAGGACACCGGAAUACCUUGCUCCAGAAUUGCUGUUGGGCCAUGAAUAUACAAAGAGUGUGGACUUUUGGACACUUGGGAUUCUACUCUACGAAAUGUUGACUGGUUUACCACCAUUCUACGAUAAAGAGGCGAACGACAUGUGUGAGAAAAUUAUCCAAGAGCCACUAGAAUUUCCAAGCCAUGAAAUCGUCCCUACAGCAGCUCGUGACCUUUUAACCCGCCUUCUUGACCGAGAUCCUCAAAGCCGUCUAGGCGCUAAUGGGGCUGAUGAAAUCAAGGCACACUAUUUCUUCUCGAAUAUCGACUGGUGCAGACUUCUGCAGAAAGAGUAUGAGCCUGCAUUUAAACCAAGCAUGAUCGACGUGCUGGAUACGAGCAAUUUCGACAAGAAACGGAGAAGACUCGAAGACUCCUUGGUCAAGGAUAAAGCCCUAUCCCAGCCCAUGCAGGACCAAUUCGCAGGCUGGUCUUACAACCAACCCGUUGCUGGAUUUGGUGACACUGUCACAUAUUCAUCUUUUCCCCGCACUAUUCCGGAAUGA